AUGGGGGAGGUGCCGUCGCUGUGCAGCGUCGUGCCGCGCCGCGCCGCCGCGCACUUCCGGCUGCCGCGCCACGGGCUGCGCCGCAAGGUCCACGUCGUCCGGCUCGGCGGCGGCGGCGCACGGCGGGCGGGUUGCGCCCGCGUGUUCUGCAGCCUCCGGGGCCGGAUGAAGCUGCGGUGGCUCAGCAGCGCCAUGUGGCGCCUCGCCGGACUCUGCGUGGCGGCGCUGUCGGGACCGCCCGGGGUUUCCGACGGCCCGCCGUCGUGGACGGGCAUGGAGCCGUGCUUCGCCGCGCCCUUGGUGGCCGCCGUGCUGGUGCGGCGUGCGGGGCAAGACUACUAG